AAAUGCAGUACAAAAGAGCACUCUUGCUUUUAAUUUUCUAUUCCUAUAAUUGAUUUACGGCUUUCGAAUUUGCAAAAAAAAACGAAAUCAAGCCUUCAUCAUCUUAUUCGAACAAAACCAAAUUCUGAUAACUUCAACGAAGGUUUAAAAUCCCAGAUAAAAAAAAUAACUUCAACGACUUCAACAGUAGCUAUUCGACUGGGUUGUCAAAACAAAUGCCGCGAGAUAAAAAGAAAAGAAAAAUAGGAUUAGAUAACAAACGACACGGCUGAUAGACGUGGUAAAUAAUUGAUAACAGUUCCAGUCACUGUUCAAACACAAGGAUGGAAUCGCAGCAGAAAAUGAGUUCCACGCCCAAAGAACAUGUUUCCAAUGUCAAUAUUGGCUUCAUUGGGGGUGGAAAUAUGGCCUACGCUAUUGCAGCCGGCUUGAUCAAUAAAGGUGUGCUUAAACCACAACAGAUCAUGGUUUCUGCAACUAAUCUAGAUAAUUUGCGCAAACGCUGGGAACGUCUUUUGGUGGAUCGUCUAACAGUUGAUAACGUCGAAGUAAUUCGCAAAUCGGAUAUCGUGUUUCUCUGUGUCAAACCUCACAUCUUACCCAUUUGCCGUCGCUCGAUGGAGGGCUCCUCCAACAUUCCCGACUGUAACACCAAAUUAAUGGUGUCGAUUCUGGCCGGCGUCACUUUGGAACGGUUGUACAACGAAUUCUCUUGUUUGCCCAACAUUCCGUUCGUUCGAACAAUGCCGAACACUCCGAUGCAGGUCGGAGCUGGUUGCACCAUAUUUUGUGCCGGAUUCGAUCAUCACAAUGCUACGGUUGAGGCUCAUUACAAUGCUACAAAAUUCAUGUUCAACCAGUUAGGGCUGGCGUACGAAGUAAGGGAGGAGCAAAUCGAUAAUAUGACCGGUUUGACGGGUUGCGGUCCUGCUUUCGUAUACCAAAUCAUAGAAGCUCUGGCUGAUGGUGGAGUGAAGCAAGGAAUACCUCGAGAGAUGGCCAUUAAAAUGGCAGCACAAACAGUCCUGGGAGCUGCGAAAACAGUGCUAGAGACGGGAAAACAUCCAGCGGUGCUGAAGGAUGAGGUCUGUUCGCCAGGAGGCGCAACCAUUCAUGGUGUACACGAGCUGGAAAAAGGAGCAGUACGAGCGACCCUCAUAACUGCGGUUGAAAAGUCGUCCGCUCGAGCCAAGGAACUAUCUUAGGCAUCCAGUGUCGGUGCAUUACUGUGGUAUCGAUUGUUGCGUUUAAUUUGUGUCCCUGCAUGUAAUUUGUGUCUCGAAAAAAUUAUGUAAUAAUGAGUCAUUUGAAGAUAACGUACA